UGUUUUCACAAGUUCUUUUUUUUUGUCCUGUUCCCCCUCACGCAGCCACUUGAGCCUGGAGCAGACACAGAGGUUUCAGUGAGAGGGAAGCAGAGGAAACCAUGCAGAGAGGGAAACAGCCUGAUCUCUGACCACCACCACCUCUGUGUUUGUCUGAUUCCCGUAGCGACACCCUGAAGAGGACACAUCCAGAAGCAGACUUCAGCUCAGGACGUAAGGACAAACAGGAGAAAGAGGAGAACUGCAGAAUGCAGAGAGGAAAGAGAUGCUCAUAAGAACCUGACGGUGAAAAGAAAAGUGAAACAAAGACAAAAAGACUGUUCUCAGAAAGGCCGGUCCACUAGAGACACCUUGUUAAACGUUUGUAGCAAGAAAAAGGCUGAUCAGACAGAAACCAGACGAACCAAGUCAGGAUGGCCAACUCAGGUCUCCAGCUGCUGGGGUACUUCUUGGCUCUAGGCGGCUGGAUUGGUGUCAUCUCCACCACGGCGCUGCCACAGUGGAAGCAGUCAUCCUAUGCUGGAGACGCCAUCAUCACAGCGGUGGGUCUGUACGAGGGGCUGUGGAUGAGCUGUGCCUCUCAGAGUACUGGGCAGGUGCAGUGCAAGAUCUUUGACUCCAUGCUCUCAUUGGACAUCCACAUUCAGACAUGCCGGGCUCUCAUGGUGGUGUCGGUGCUGUUGGGCUUUAUUGGCAUCAUCGUCAGUGUGGUGGGCAUGAAGUGCACCAAGGUGGGAGAUAACAAUCCAUCCACCAAAUCCCGUAUUGCUGUGACUGGAGGGGCUCUGUUUCUGCUUGCAGGUUUGUGCACACUUGUGUCUGUGUCCUGGUACGCCACUCAAGUGUCCUAUCAGUUCUUCAACCCAAACACACCGGCCAACGCCAGGUAUGAGUUUGGCUCCGCCCUGUUUGUGGGUUGGGCUGCGGCGAGUCUGACAAUUCUGGGCGGCUCCUUGUUGUGCUGCUCCUGUUCCAAAGAAGACAUGCGAGGACAGCAAUAUUACCGCCAAUCACAGCCUUCCACAGCCAGGGAGGCAGAGUUGUUGAGUGAAACUAGUUUCCCUGACUGAUCAGCCCCCGCCUUUUAAUUGAGGACUGUCCGACUUUCCAACCACUGAAUCCCUCCCUUAUCUUCAUGUUACGUCUUUGACCACCAAAUUGGAAUCGUUGUCAACGACUCUCUUUGGUUUCUCUCUCAGUAUGACAUCUGCAUGAUGUCAGUUUCAGUGAAAAACAAGAUUUAGGCAGUUGUCUUCACUAUAAAUACGGACUCUUAAAGGAUAAAUGAUCCGAUCCUUUCCCCCCUCAUAUCAUCGGCUGCAAGUUCACAAGCUGAACCACAGAGCUGGUUUGUAAUGUCACUCAUAUCCUGUGACCUCUAGGUAUUAUACUGUACAUGUGUCUUUUGGGUUUAUUUAGUUUUAUGUGACUACCUUGACUGAAAUGUGUCUCUUUUUCCUUUUUGAAUUGCAGACCAAAUGUUAAAAGUACUCCACCAGAGAAAAGGGAGCAGUACUUGUAGUUUGGGAGAGUCUUCUGGCCUUACCAUGGUUUAGAUUCUGUCAGCAUGCAAACCCCUCUCACUGAGGAAUUCAAAACAGACAAGAACAAAAUUUGAACUGCUUGAAAAGCUGUUUCAGGCAGCUUGCAGCAACAAAUAUUUUUUGGACAUUAAUGAAAUUAUUUGGGGAGACAUAAUAAAAGAAAACUAUGCUUUUAGAGGGGUGUAGAGAUGAUAUCCUUGUCUGUAUUGUUGUCUUUAGGAGAGAGUCAUUCAGGGUAGGUUUCCUGUAACAAUUUAAUUGACUGGGUGUAUAUUCUCCAUUGUUUUUUUUAUUUACUACAUAUAUUGUUUUACUGCAGUGCCUUAUAACCUGUUUGUAUUUGUUGACAUGGAUGUUUCUGUCCCGUCCAAAAGGAUGUUUGUCCACAGCUUUUCUGCCAGCAGUUCUGUAUACAUCUGUUGAGAUUCUUUCUUUGCAUUUUGUUUMGAUGUCUUCAUUUUAUUUAUUCUGGUGUAGACCUUCAGUCAUCCAGGACAUGGUAAAUCCACCCCCACCACCAAGCAACAAAUARAUAAAAACAAAAACAAARCAUAAAGUACCGGUAGACUGUUUUCAGGAUCAAAAUGUUUUGAACAGAGAACACAUGAGGAGGUAAAGGAAACCAUUUUAUGUCAAACAAGAUGAAACAGAAAAGGUCGUCUCAAAUUUCCAAAACCUAAAUGCAACAUUAAGUCUGAUACCMGAAGAUACUAUAUAUACCAGAUAUAUAUAUAUUUCACUCUAAUUCACUCCUUCACGCUGUGAGCCAAACAAAGACUCUAGCUUGGAAAUCCACUCUCCUGUUUUACAUUUAGGAAUCUACCCGGACAGGAAGUAAAGAAUCUUCAACUACAAAAUAAAGGUCCCRUUGUUUUAUUUUUAAAUUUAUUUUGUGGG